AUUACCAUUUUAAAAAAGCUAACUUGAAAUUAACCGGCCAUUGUUAAGUUAUUGUGGGUUUGAGUAAUACCUGUUUAUUAUCUAGUUAUGAAAAAGUUCCAGAAGAAAAUUGAGGAAUUGCAAAAUUAUUUCCAAUAUCAUAAUAAAUCUAAAGAAUAUUUAGGACAUUCCUCUAAAGUGCAUUCUGUUGGUUGGAGUUGUGAUGGCAAAAGACUUGCUUCUGGAUCAUUUGACAAAUCUGUUUGUAUAUAUACUUUAGACAGAGAGAGACUAAAUAAAGAAAUUACAUUUAAAGGUCAUGGUGGAUCAGUCGAUCAAUUGUGUUGGCAUCAGACCCAUCCAGAUCUACUUAGCACUGCUAGUGGAGACAAAUCUGUGAGAAUAUGGGAUACCAGAGUUCAGAAAUGUGUGGCAACUAUAAAUACUAAAGGGGAAAAUAUCAAUAUAACGUGGUCACCAAACGGAAAUGCAAUAGCAGUGGGUAAUAAGGAAGACCUGGUCACAUUCAUUGAUGCUAGAACACACAAAAUUGAAGCAGAAGAGCAAUUCCACUUUGAAGUAAAUGAAAUAUCUUGGAAUAACACCAGCGAUUUGUUCUUUUUAACAAACGGUCAAGGAUGUGUUCAUAUCUUAAGUUAUCCUGAAUUGAAAAGACAGCAUAUCUUAAAAGCUCAUCCAGGUACUUGUAUUUGUAUUGAAUUUGAUCCUACUGGGAAGUAUUUUGCAACGGGUAGUGCAGACGCUUUGGUAUCAUUGUGGGAUAUAAACGAAUUAGCAUGCACGAGAGUGUUUACAAGAAUGGACUGGCCAGUACGAACGAUAUCCUUUAGUCAUGACGGUCAACUUCUGGCUUCAGCCUCUGAGGAUUUAAUAAUAGAUAUAAGUUUCGUAGAGACUGGAGAUAAAAUUGCAGACAUUUCCGUCGAAGCGGCAACUUUUACGGUAGCUUGGCAUCCGUCAACGUACCUCUUGGCGUACGCAUGCGACGACAAAGACACUUAUGAUAGAAAAAGAGAUGCAGGGAGCUUGAAAGUUUGGGGAUUUCCUCCGGAUUAAUAAUAUACGUGUACCUAUCUUCGUAUCUCAAUAAAUUUUUUAGUUCAAA